AUGUCUGACCAACAGUUUAAAACGGGGCAUAAUAUCCCCACCAGCGAUCUGAAGCAUCCCGGCCUCCAGUCGGACUUGCCUAAGCCGCAUCCCGAGUCCGAGAGAGUGCCGACCGAGGAUCAGGGGUACAAGACUUACCAGGCCGCCGGUAAGCUCAAGGGCCGGAAAGCUCUCAUCACGGGCGGCGACUCCGGGAUUGGCCGUGCGACGGCGAUCCUCUUCGCUAUGGAGGGAGCGGACUCCUUCAUCGUCUACCUUCCGGAAGAGGAGUCGGAUGCGCAGGAGACUAAGAAACUGGUUGAGAAGCAGGGGCAAAAGUGCUACCUCAUGUCUGCGGAUCUACGGGACCGCCAGAAUUGCAAGAAAGCGGUGGAUGAGGCCGUCAAGAACCUCGGGGGCCUUGAUAUUCUUUCCAACAACGCCGCCUACCAGAUGCAGGUAGACUCCAUCGCCGACUUAUCCGAGGAGCAAUGGAUCCGCACUUUCGACACCAAUAUUCACCCAUUCUUCUACCUCGCCAAAUACGCGCUCCCGCAUCUCAAGUCUGGCGCGUCUAUAAUAAACAACGCUAGCAUCAAUCCUUACAUUGGCCGCUCUGAUCUCCUCGAUUAUACAUCUACCAAGGGUGCGAUCGUCGCCUUCACGCGGGGUUUGAGCAACCAGCUUGUGAGCAAGAACAUUCGAGUCAAUGCUUUAGCCCCAGGACCCAUCUGGACACCCCUAAUCCCGGCUACAAUGACAAAAAGAAUCAAGAACAGUUCACAAGCCCCAUGGGAAGACCGGGUCAGCCGUCAGAGGUAG